CUCACCGAGCGCGCGCAUUUCAAGUAUGCGGUUUUUGUGUUAUUCUCCCGCUCGUCGGUUAUUUCCUAUGAUUUGCUGUUGAGCGUAAGUUUGCUUCCGUGAUGUAACGAAAUUUGAAAAUUAAAGUGCGCGUCGUUUGAUCAGUGAAUUUAUACUCAAAAUUUUGUGUUGAAAUUGGACUACUCUUCAGUUGUAACAGUGCAUUUUCCGCACGGAUUUUUGUGUUAAAAAUUGGAUAAUCUUCUACGAAGAUGCCGAGCACAACGGAGGUACCGGUUUAUUCAUCUUCGCAACUGACGCCGAUAGAAAAUCGCGCAUCCUCCAUAACGAUAACGAAACACGAAAAUCCAGAAUACGCCAUAAAUCGCUUGUCGCAAAAGUACGACUCCUAUCACGGACUGCUUUAUAGGAACGAUCGUAAUCGUAGAAGAUUGUCCUCGACCGGAGAAGGAAGCGGUGAUUCGAGUACGACAGCUUCCGGUAGCAGUUGCGGCGAAAGGGAGGACGGUAGCGAAGGAAGGGCUGAAAGUGAUGAAAUGGAUCGAGAUGAUAGAGACGAGAGAGUACCGCUCGAAGGGAAAAUUACCGACAUUGAGAGGCAGCAAGUGGAAACGUUUUUUAAGGGCUUAAAAACGGAGGUAAAUUUUACUGUAAUUCAGAUUUUGUAUACUGACGGUUUUUUAAUCGUUCUUCGAAAAGCGAAACUGACAAACAAAUUUCGGUCAUAUACUUAGUCGUUGAUCUAUAGG